AUGAACCUUGAUGUAAAUGUGGCAGCCUUUAAGGCAGCCAGACUGUUCUCACCUUUUAAAGUCAAUGAAAUCCAACCUACUGCAAAAGAUGUUGAUGACCUUAUGGCUUUUCCUUUCCUGGUUGAUGAAAUUGAUCAUUUGAAAGCUGAAUUACCUGCCUACCUGGCACUUGCAGCUGAUGUCAAUGCGGAUGUCAAUAUUUUGGAGUGGUGGAAAAAUCAUAGCAGUCCUGGAAGUGAUUCUUGUCUUCCACAUUGGUCAUCUGCCGUACAGAAGGUGCUAUUAGUGCAACCUUCAUCUGCCACAGCUGAGCGUGUAUUUUCAAUGUUGAAUCAGUCAUUUGGUGAACAGCAGCAAAACGCAUUAGAAGACUUAGUGGAAACUACCAUUAUGUUACAGUGUAACAAGCGUUAA